CUCGUCUGUCCACCAAUGAGGGCGCGUGUUGUUGUCGGUCCCUCAGAACGGCGCGGGAAAUUGCUUCAUAACAUAGACUUUUUUUUCAUUUAUAAAAAAAAUAAGAAAAUAGAUAAAUAUGGUUUGUCAUCCGGUGUUUGGUUUGUUAAAAUAAUGAUGUACCCAGCGGUCUGAAGUCUCUUUCUCUGUGUGUCCCUCGGACUGAGCUGCUCCCGCCGCCGCUUCCUCCUCCUCCUCGCCCCGCGAGCCGGCCGGCACUAACGGUCCUAACGGCUCCGGGUUCGAAUCCGACUCCCAACCGCCGCCAACCUCCCAGUUCCCGGAUGAGCUCCUUCAACCUCGACCGUUUCCGUUAUGAAAAGAAACGCGGCGCUCAGACGAACGGCGAGCGGGACCUAGACCGGCGGCGUGGCUCCCCGCGGGAUCCAGGCUUCCCGGAGGUGGGAGGCCCGGCAGUGACCAUCGUACCAGAGACUCCAGAAGGAAAACAGUCGAACCUUUUAUCAUAUUUUAGGAGAAAAGAAAAGGGAGUCCUUUUUCUCGACUCUGAAUCUGAAACUGAGGAAACAUGCAAGAAAAAUUUAUCAUGUCGGGCAGUGAAUGGAAGGCCAGAUGGAUGCAUUCAAAAAUUAAAUGACACUGUUGACUUUUCAUCUGGUGAGGAUGAACAGCUUUCCCUGAAAGAAAAUGGGUCUUUUAUGGACAGCAGUGGCUCAUCUCAUUCUGUUAAUUUGGAGGAUUCGACUGCUUCCAGAGUACAAAAACUGACAGAAAUAUUUCCAAAUCGAACAGAUGCUGAACUAUUGCAGAUAAUUGAAUCGACAAGUACACUGGAUGGAGCAGUAGCUGCAGGAUUAAUCUUGUUUGGAGAAGGAGCUACUCCUCGGAAAAGGAAACUUGAAAUGUCCCAAAGCAGCAGCUCUGAAGAAAGUGAUGAUCUCCCUAUUUCCUCUACCAAAAAGAAGAAACCUAAUCGUCUUGCAUCACAAGAUUUAGGAGAAGAUUUUGAAAAAAAAGAAUCUAUUCUGAGAAAGCUUCACAAUAAAUUUCCAGAUUUAGACAAAGAGGAGCUCCGAGAAGUCCUGGAAGAACAUGACUGGUCCUUUUGGGAGGCCUUGGAAGCUUUGCAGGCAUUUACCAAUCAAGAUUUAGAAGAUGAAGUGCCUUGUAUACCAGAGCCUAAAUGCAUAAAUGGAAAAGGUGCCACUUCACAUUUUAAAGUGCAACCAAAAGAGAUACCAGCAAUGCAAUUGAAAUUAUCUGGAGCAGCUAAAGAUCAGGAUGGUAAAAGCAAAAACCAUGACAAAGGACUAAAAGAUGGUAGAAGCGUUCAAAAGGAGUGUAGCGAUUCUGAAGAUGUGGAAUCCAUUCUUUCUGGUGGUGAGAGCUCACUUGAUGAGGACUACAGUAGUGCAGAUGAAGAGAUGGAAGAUGAAUACAGGACUAAAAUAGUCAGCUUCUUGCAGGAUGGUACAGUGGAUGAACUUUCUCUUAUACCUCAAUGCUCUUUGCGAAAGGCUGAGAAGAUUAUAGAACUCCGGCCCUUUAACAAUUGGGAAUCACUGUUUAAAAAGUUUAAUCGGUCACAUGGUUUGUCUGAAGACUUGAUAUGGAAUUGCAAAAUAGUAAUCAAGGAACGGGAAGUAGUUCUUAAACUUAUGAACAGAUGUGCCGAAAUCUCCCAAAGAUUAGAAGAACAAGUGACUGAAAUAACAGAAGAUGGUGGAAGUCACCAGACCAUUGAGCAGCCUGUCAUUCUGAGCGAAAGCUUGGAACUUAAACCAUAUCAACUAGUUGGACUAAAUUGGUUGGUUUUGCUGAAUAAACAUCGGGUGAAUGGUAUAUUAGCAGAUGAAAUGGGACUGGGGAAAACUGUACAAGCUAUAUCAUUCCUUGCCUACCUUUACCAAGAAGGAGAUAAAGGACCACAUCUCAUCAUUGUACCUGCUUCUACCCUAGACAACUGGAUCCGGGAACUUAAACAGUGGUGUCCUGAUCUCAAAGUCCUUCUUUAUUAUGGAUCUUUAGAAGACCGGAAAGUCCUCAGAUCUGAUAUACUUCACAAGUUUGUGGAUUUCAGUGUAAUUGUGACUACGUAUAGCUGCUCAAUAAGUAAUGCAGAUGACCGCAGUCUCUUUCGACGUUUAAAGCUCCAUUAUGCAGUUUUUGAUGAAGGACACAUGCUGAAAAAUAUGAGUUCCAUUCGAUAUCAGCAUCUUAUGACAUUUAAUGCUGAACAUCGCUUGCUGUUGACUGGGACUCCACUGCAGAAUAAUCUCCUAGAAUUGAUGUCUCUGUUGAAUUUUGUCAUGCCAAAUAUGUUCAGCAGCAGUACUAGUGAGAUUCGCAGGAUGUUUUCCUCGAAAAGUAAAACCUUGGAACAGCAAAGUAGUUUUGAAAAAGGGAGAAUUGCUCAUGCCAAGAAAAUCAUGAAGCCAUUUAUUCUGAGGAGAGUCAAGAGUGAGGUCUUACAACAGCUUCCACCCAAGCAAGACCGUGUAGAAAUAUGUUCAAUGUCUGAUAAACAAGAACAGGCGUACGCUGCUCUCUACAAGAAGUUGAAGAAAUCAAUCAACAGUAAUGAAAAGAACGAGUUAUGUAAUGUGAUGAUGCAACUUCGUAAGAUGGCCAAUCACCCGCUACUUCAUAGGCAAUAUUACACUGUGGAAAAGUUGAGGAAAAUGGCUAAGUUGAUGAAAAAGGAGCCCACUCACAGAGAUGCCAACCCUGAUCUCAUCUUUGAAGACAUGGAGGCGAUGACGGAUUUUGAAUUGCACCAUUUGUGUCAAGAAUACAGUAGCAUAAGAAGCUUUCAGUUAGAAAUGGAGCUGCUUUUGGAUUCUGGGAAGUUCCAAAUUCUGGAGAAUAUACUUACAGAACUUAAAGAGGAGGGUUCCAGAGUUGUGCUGUUUAGUCAGUUUACUAUGAUGUUGGACAUUCUGGAAGUAUUCUUGAGACACCAUAAACACCGCUAUCUUCGACUGGAUGGCAAAACCCAAAUCUCUGAUAGAAUCCACUUGAUUGAUCAGUUUAAUACAGAUAUGGAUAUUUUUGUUUUCCUGUUAUCAACUAAAGCUGGAGGACUGGGUAUAAACCUAACCUCAGCCAACAUUGUCAUCCUUCAUGAUAUCGACUGCAACCCCUACAAUGAUAAGCAAGCAGAAGAUCGAUGUCACAGAGUAGGACAGAAAAAGGUAGUGCAUGUUGUAAAACUGAUCAGCAAAGGGACUAUUGAAGAAUCCAUGCUUAAAAUUGGUGAACAUAAAUUGAAACUAGAACAGGAUAUGACUUCAACAGAAACAGGAGGCGAGGGGAACAUUCCACUUAAUAUAGCAACUUUAUUGAAGACUUCAUUGGGAUUAUAGCAUUCAGCCGCACUUUUCUACAUCCUCCAUAAGCAUCGUUGUGUUAAGUCAACGAAAUUCUACGUGCAACACAACUCUGAGAAAGAAUGUAUAAUGUAAUUGGAACUAGUGAAAUUGUCAAUUAACAAACAUUUUUUAUUGUAUGUGAUGGAAUGUGCAGUUUUUAAUGAAAAAAUAGGAGUGGGGACUAAUGUAUGAGAAUAAUGAGAAUUUGUCAUAUUAAAACACUAGAAAUAAAUUUCCAUGUGUAUUAAUAUUGUAUUGCUGUAGUUCCACUUAUAAGUAGGCUGUACUGAAACAGCAUGAUAAAACAUUGGUACUAUAGCAUUACAAUUCAACAUUUUCUGUCCUCCUCCAAAGUCUUUUUUCAUGUUUACAAUUAUUUUGUCAGACCAGGCUACUUUUUAUGUGCUAAUUCUAUUUUGGCCUAUAUUCCUCAAUUAAUUGGCUAUAAAGAGGAAUACAUUGCUCAUCGGAAUCCUAAACAAAGAAAAUGUUCUGAACCUAUCAGAUGUAAAUUUCAUUAAUAAAUCCUUAAGGAGUGAAGAGAGGUUUCUCAAUUUGUGGUCAUUUUUAAGAUUUCUAUGGACUUCUUAACUUCUAACCUGCGUGUUGUCCCAACAGUUGGAUUUUUUUUUAUUUCUCAGGUUUGUGUUGCUUUGUGUAUUCAUGAUAGUGAUUACUGUACCAUCUUUGAAACAAUAUUUGCUUUGUUUACUUGAUCUGUUAUAUCGUUGCUAGCUGAAAAUGAGAAAUUAAGUGCAAAUAAAGAUUCUGCAGUUUUGAAAUAUA